AUGGUGGCUCCCAAACCGUUUCUCAAUCGGCCUAUGCACUUUCAAGACGGCGCUGGAGUCAGUUCUGUGAAAGCUCAAAAUCGAGAAGUUGCUGAAUGGUUACCUCAGCGCAACUCCGCCUCUUAUCAAGCCAUAACCGAUUACUUGAAAUUUCUGCUUGGCAAAUUCAAUUCUCGCACCCCCUAUCCCGCUAGUCCAGAGUCUUUUGAACUCGAUGUACUACCUCAGUUGUCUUCAGAAACUAUCAUGGCUGAUUUGAGUGUUUUCGCCAACGAUCUACCGCCGCCUAGUCCAUCCCAACAAACAAUAAAACUCUUACCCCGGCAAGAUUCUGGUUGGUUCAGAUAUAGGAGCUUCUUUCUUCAAGAUCUUACCCGAUUCUCGAUCCCUCGUGCCACUCUUGCUUGGGAGUCACCUGUAAGCUGUCCUUGGAACCAGAUCAUGCUGGUGUUCUUAAUGAAGCACUGGAGAUGGGCUAUGGCGCAAGGGGUCUUCUCUCGAUACCAUCCUGAUCCUAGAUUCUCCACCGAUGACAUAUGUAGAGCUGUCAUGGAGAGAUGGAUUCGAGGAAGAGUUGGUCAAGAUGAUAAAUAUCGCAACCGAAAAAAGAAAAACCAGAGAAGGGCUACAAUUUUUCGUUACCGCCAAGAUGCAUUAGAAGAGUUUCUUGAAUUGGAGGAUAGAGACCUACUUCCUUCUGCUCUGAGUUUACUUCCAAGUGCUACAUGUUGCUCGGAUACCGAGGACGAUGGACCUGGUAAAACUCGCGCCGUAGGUAUGGUUUGGAGAAGUCAGGAAUUCUCCGAAUUUAUGUAUUUGCUUGAUCAACUUUCCUUCAAACAACAAAAGGCUUUGCACGGCUCAAGAUGGGCGGCUGGCCGGCUUGACAUGAGAAGAUCUCGACCAAUCAAGAUCUCAUCUCAAGGUAAAGCUCCUCGAAACCUUCCUUCAAAUUGUUACUGUCCUGUUUGGAGGAAUGGAUUCGGAGAAACUCAUCAACGGCUCCUUACUCAAAAAGCUGCCAGCCCUACUCUCACUCUGCUGAUUGAAAAAAUACGUCAAUCACUUGUUUGA